AUAAUUUUCUUAUAUUACUCUCGAUAUUUGACACGCUCAGACCUAAAAGCGAACGGAACAUUUUUCAAAUCAUAAAAUUCGUGUGAAUAUUUUUUCUUUGUCUCUCUCAUAAAAAUGGCUAAGCAAAUGAAGAUAAUCGGCAGUUGUCCGUUUUGUCAACGUGAGGUUGGCAGCGAUAUGCGUCCCAUUAACCAACUGAAUAUGGAACACAUCACUAUACUGGCCAACGAGCUCAAGGAUCUUCAGCCAGCUGCAUCGAAUGAGUGCCAAACAAGUCACCAUAGCACGACUGCAACAAUGGGUUCCAAUAYCGAAUCGAAUGAGGCCAAAUCUGUAUCACUUCUAACGGAAGCUAUGCUGAAAAUGGUUAAGGAGGAGUUUGAGCGUCCUGCAGGCGCUGAGCGUCAAAUACCUGGCGAUCAUGCUGAGCUCAUUCUGGCCAUGCUCUCCGAAGAGCAGAAUUCCUAUGAUAAAUUUUUGAAGAAUGAAAGCUCUAGGUCCGUUCCGAAGCGCUCCAGGAAGUAAUAGUGCCAGCAAAGCAACU